GUAACCUUCUUCUUUACAUUUUUUUUUUCAGUCUUUCUGUUCUACUUUGUUGGUAAAUUCGUUCGGUAGGCAUUCUUGCCCGCUGGAAGGUAAACCGUGGGCACUGCACAGUCCAGGGAGGGUCGAGCCAUGAAUGAACACGAUUUGAUCUGAAGGUUGGAUCCAACCCGUAAUAAUUUUACGUCCAGGUAAACUUUUCCCUCCUGUUUACCGGCGCCUUCACGAAAUGCCAAAAACCUCGAAGAAACAGAGUAGUGGUAGAGAACAUGGAGAGCCGAGCAGGCAGAUCAACAGCAGAUUCCCAAAGUUCACCGAAGAAGAGUUGGCUGCUCCCAGACAUCCGUUCUGGGCGAAAGGGGCUGCCAUUGGGCAUUUCUACAGACUAAAAAGCAUUAAAACAAAAUCUUCUGGAGAAGUGAAAGAGAAGCGGAUAAAGAAAGCUGAUUGUAUUCCCCUUGAGCUCAGUGAAAAGAAACAGCAGCAAAUUUAUAACAUCUUGAGCAAAGUAACUACUCAAACCCCUCCAAGUAUAACUAAACUAAGAGCGGACGGCCAAAAAACGUGUCAAACAGAUGAAGAGAAGUACAAACAUAUUGAAGAGAGCACAUUUAAGAAAAAUUUUCUAAAUUCAAUUGGGGGCCUGAUGUCUGAAAUAAUUUCUCAUUCAGAGUACACUACAGAUAUGAAUAGAGAUGCUCAGAAAGAUUGGAUGUAUAUGGAACAGGAAAAGUACAAAGCAACCAGUACGAAAUACCAAGAGAUGCAGAAAUUCAGAAAAAAACUUCCAGCGAUGUCAAAAAAAUUUGAAAUAAUCAAACAUCUUAAGACAAAUAACGUUCUUUUAAUAAGCGGUGAAACUGGAUGUGGAAAAACUACACAAGUACCUCAGUUCAUUCUGGAAGACAAUAUUGAGAAUGCAAAUGGUUCCAUGACGCAUAUUAUUUGCACCCAACCAAGGAGAAUAUCAGCGAUUUCCAUCGCAGCCAGAGUUGCCGAUGAGCGAGGAGAAAAGCUUGGAGAUAGUGUUGGUUACCAAAUAAGACUUGAAAGAUCUCUGCCAAGAAAAUCUGGUUCGAUAUUGUUUGUAACAACAGGGGUUCUUCUGCAAUUCAUGAGGUCUGACCCACUUUUGAAGAAGGUGUCACAUGUCAUUCUGGAUGAAAUUCAUGAAAGGGAUACACUCUCAGAUAUGGUCAUAACCCUGUUAAAAGACAUUAUUCCUGCUAGGCCUGAUUUAAAAGUAAUUUUGAUGAGUGCUACUCUCAAUGCAGAUCAAUUUUCAAAAUAUUUUAACAACUGUCCAACAAUCAACAUUCCUGGAUUUACUUACCCUGUUAAAGAAUAUUACUUGGAAGAUGUCAUAGAAAUGUUAAGAUUUCAGUAUUCAACUAAAAGGAACAAACAAAGAAAAGCGAAAAAGACUGAACUGGAAGAAACCAAACUUCUUGGUCCAUUUUAUCGAAAUAUCGCAGGUAAAUAUUCAAAACAGACAAUAGAAAAUUUAAUGAUGCCAGAAAGCAGUGAGAUCAACAACAAACUGAUUAUUGCCUUGCUAACACAUAUUUGUCAGAAUAAAGGUCCUGGUGCGAUCCUGGUUUUCCUCCCUGGAUGGGAAAAGAUUAAAUCUUUAAACCGCGAGAUGACAGAAUCUGGAAAAUUUCCUUCUAGUCGUUAUGUGAUAAUUCCUUUGCACUCUUUAAUGCCAACUGUUAACCAAAGAACAAUUUUUGAUAGACCGCCAGCAGGUAUGAGAAAGAUAAUUUUAUCAACCAACAUUGCCGAGACAUCUAUUACAAUAGAUGAUGUUGUUUUCGUUAUUAAUUGUGGGAAAAUCAAAGUUAAGAAUUUUGAUAUUAAAAAUAACGUUUUGACACUUAAAGAAGAGUGGAUUAGCUGCGCUAAUGCGAAACAACGUAAAGGAAGAGCUGGAAGAGUCCAGGAAGGAAUUUGUUACCAUCUUUAUAUCAGUGUCAGGGAAAAUUUCUUUGCUGCAUACCAAUUACCAGAAAUGCUGAGGAUUCGUUUGGAAGAAGUGAUUUUGCAGGCGAAAAUCCUCCAGUUGGGAAAAAUUGCCCCUUUUCUUGCUAAAGUGAUGGAUCCGCCCAAUCCUGAUGCUGUUGAAUUAUCACUCGAACUUCUAACAAGUAUGAAUGCUUUGGAUGAGGAUGAGAAGCUGACCCCGUUAGGGUUUCAUCUUGCUAAUUUACCGGUAGAUCCACAUACAGGAAAAAUGAUUUUGUUGGCCUCUAUGUUUAGCUGUAUAGACACAAUGUAUUCAAUAGCUGCCAGCCUUUCCUUCAAAGAUGCAUAUUACAUACCUAUGGGAAGGGAAGAAGACGUAUAUAAUAUCAAAAAGAAUUUUGAUUCAGGUCAAAAAAGUGAUCAUCUUUCUAUGGCAAAAGUUAUACAUUUGUGGGAAAAUGAAAAAAGAUCAAGUUGGGAAAGUGCAAAACAUUUUUGUUAUAGGAAUUUCCUGUCCCAUAAUAUACUAGAACAACUCCAAGAGUUGAAGUUUCAGUUUGCAAAAUUAAUGUGUGACAUGAAUUAUCUUUCUACAUCAAAUGUUAAAGCGCCCGAGUCGAAUAAGAACUCAAAAAAUCUUGCGCUUAUAAAAGCAUUACUCUGUGGCUCACUCUACCCCAAUGUUGCAGUUAUAACAAAGCUUAAAAAGGUAAGAACGAAGAUAUUGACAACUGUAAGGUUACCGGAAAACAACCAGAAAGUCAUUAUACAUCCUAAGUCUGUUAAUGAUAGCUAUGAAAGUUUUGAAAGCAGAUUUUUGGUUUACUAUGAAAAAAUGCGAUGCCUCAAUUCGACGUUUCUUUUUGAUACAUCCAUGAUAUUUCCUCUACCUCUGAUAUUUUUUUGUGAGAAAUUUAGUGUGGAGGAUGAAGGAGAGCUCAGAAUAAUUGAAAUAAAUCCAAAUAUACGAUUUAUUUGUCAUUCCUCAUUAGCUAAAUUAAUAAUUGAAUUACGAGCUUGGUUGGAUUGGCUUCUUGAAUAUAAGUUAUCCCACCCUGGAGUCACAAACUGGUCAACAUCUAAUGAUGAGCAUUACAUUUUAAGCGCAAUAACAGAGCUAAUUACAACUGAACAUGAAAUGUAUGUCAAUUACGAUGAUGAGGAUGACGAUGAUGAUGAUGACGGAUUGCUGACACAAUGGCAUCAAUUUUCUAUUAAUACUUAAAACACUGUUCUGUACAUAUAUGAUUAUUACUUUGUAGGAAUGCAGAAUCGUUUCUUUUUUCAGGGUGUUCCUUUUUCAAAUUGAUAAUUUUAAUUUUCCAGUGAAAUUCUCAGUAUAAUCUCAAUUAGAGAUUUAAUGAGCAGGUUCUCCAUCAUUGGAAGAUUAAGAAGUUAUUGAUUUUUUUUAGUUGUAAAAAGUUUGUCAUUAAUUUUGAAUAAAAAGGCGUAGAAAAUU